CUCGAAACUCGCGAAAAUGGAAGGCUUCCUCAAGCUUGAAUCAGAAAGCGGAAGCGACCAAGCUAUGCUGACUCGGCUGCGCAAGGCGAGGUGGUAUGCAUUCGACUUAGAUGACACCCUGCACAGUUUUCGCAAAGCGUCUGGGACCGCCGUCAAAGCAGUGCUACGAGUCCUCCACGAACAAAGUGGAAACGCUCUGGAAGAUUUAGAAGCAGAGUACAGGCGUAUACUCGCACAGGGAACAGCAUCAGCAUUCGUUGAUGGCAAAACUUCACAUCAGUAUCGCGAAGAUCGAUUCCAGCAACUCGUGCGAAAUUUUGAUAUCAAGCUGAACGACGGACAGAUGCCAGUUCUUCUAGACCAUUAUGAGGAGGUCUUGGAAGAUAGCCUGGAGUUAAAGGCGGGUGUGUUGGACCUUCUACAGACGCUCAAGCGCUAUGGCCACAAGAUCGCGAUCAUCACGGAAGGACCCCAGGACGCGCAGGAACGAACGGUUGAAGCACUAGGCCUGACGCCUUACAUUGACUAUCUGGCUACCACGAACAAACUGAGGGUGGCGAAAACCAACGGAUUGUUUGCCAAGGUGCUGGAGCAUUUGAAGCUCGAGCCGAAAGACAUGAUCAUGACUGGCGACAGUUGGGAAAGAGACAUUGUGCCAGCAACACAAGCAGGCAUGUACUGCGUCCACUACUCAGAGAAAGUGCCGCAAUCUGACAACAUGGACGGAUAUAUGAGAAUCAGUGAAUUGAAAAGGCUUCGGAUGCUAAUCGAGAACGCUCAUCCAUGGUUAUUUUAGGAGCAUAGUCCUGCCAAAUUGAAUGCAAUACAAUACAAACGAAAGAUAG